AUGGCCUCAACCUUAGAACAAACCACGCUCUCCCGCGGAAGCGGACCAAGAAGCCCGGAAGACCCUUCCACCGGUCCUAGAAGUGGCAAGCCAUCUACCGACAAUGAGCAUAGCCUCAACAACCAAUCCCAAGGCCACAAUGCCACUGGCAACGGCAACAAUGUGAACCGUGAUUCCGGCCACGACACUCUAGGAUCAGAGACUCCCGCUGUAACAGGGGAAGAUCACGAGAAGGACGAUGCAACGGGUACAAAUCCCGACUUCUCGCUUGCGGGCCCGUACAAUAAUGCGCAGGGCGUCUAUGUCUCGCCGGAGUACUUACAGAAUGACCCGAACUAUGAUAAAUUGCAUGAUGAGCCGCUGUGGAGUUUGGCGCAGUCGUUUCCCAGGGUUGUUAGGCCGGGAAUGAGGAUUAGGGGGGAUAAGGGGGGGCAGGUUGUUGCGACGCAGACUGGAACACCGGAAGAAGCACAGGAAACCGCUGCAUCGCCCGAGAAACAUGAUGCGGAAUUUGGGAAAGAGGGCAAGGGAGAAGACCCAGCGCAUAAAGUCUCGAAACCGCAACACGGUGACUUUUUCAAUACCUGGGGUCGCAUCCGCAACAUAUUUCGCGAGUUCUUGGGUGAAUUACUUGGAGCAACUAUCGCCCUUCUAAUCGGCCUUUGCGCCUCUCUCUCCCGCGUAACCUCCCAAGAACAAGCCGGCACCUUCGAAUCCCAAUCCUGGGCCUGGGGCUUCGGCUUCAUGGUCGGCAUCUACGUCGCCGGUGGUAUUUCCGGAGGUCACCUCAAUCCAGCAAUCAGCGUCGCGCUCUCCGUCUUCCGAGGAUUUCCCGUCCGCUUGUGUGUUCAAUAUGUAUUCGCGCAGAUUCUCGCUGCGCUAGCUUCGGGCGGCAUCGAGUACGGUAUCUACUAUAAUUCCAUCUUGCACAUCGCGAGCGUGAACCAGCAAACGCCCGCGCAUAUCAUGGAUAGUGUGUUUUACACCAUGCCGAAGCAGUGGGUGCACCCUGCGGCGGCUUUUUUCAAUGAGUUUGUGGGGACGGGGAUCCUCGUUUGCACGAUUCUCGCGCUGGGUGAUCAUACCAAUGCGCCGCCGGGAGCGGGUAUGCAGGCGUUUUUGGUCGGGUUGCUGAUUAUGAUUCUGUGUGUUGCGUUGGGGUAUAAUACCGGAGGAUGCUUUAAUCCAGCCCGAGACUUCGGCCCGCGCCUCUUCGCGCUGAUGGCCGGCUACGGGGGGAGACUGUUCACGCAGCAGCACGCGUGGUGGGUCUGGGGUUCCUGGGUCGCUGAUAUCGCGGGUGCGCUCUUUGGCGCGUUCAUAUACGAUCUGUUCAUUUUCACGGGUGGUGAAAGCCCCGUGAAUUACCCGCCCAUACGGCGGAGGCGCGCUUUUACUGUUAAGAAGACGAAGCUGAAAAGCAAGCUGCUGGGGCGGAAGAGGCAUGAGACUGCGGAUAUUGAAGCUGCGCUUGGGGAAGAUGAGCAUCGCUGA